CGUGGAGUGAGGUGCAUGCACAGCACAAAUUUUUCGAGUGGAUUGAACUCCUCAUAAAUAGUUGACUGCAACAACAAAGAUGUUGACCACGACGAGACCCAGGCAGCAACAAUCUGCUCCUUCUGCUCCUCGCCAUGGAGGAUAAUAAACCAACAAAACAAAGCAACGGUUCCGGUUCCGUAAUAAUAUUUCAGUUCAUUUUUGGUUAAAAGUUUUGGUUUUAUUUAAGAGUUACUCUCCCGAAAAUUGUGUAACGGGUUUUUAAUUGUGGUUCGAGUUAAGGAAUUUUACUGCAAAAAAUUUGAAGUUGUUGUGCUUCCAGUUUGCGUAUAAUAGUUUUGCAAAAAUUAUUAAAUUGUGAAAAAAACGUUAAAGAAGGAAUUUUGGAAACUUUAAGAACCGUGUUCUAUUUAAUUGUGAUGCGAGUUUAAAAAUUUUAGUGCAAAAAAGGACAGACUUGGAUGUUGUAGAAGUUUGCAUAACAGUUUGCAAAAUUAUUUUCUUGUAAAAAUCAGAAAGAUAAGUAUUUUAACAACGGUUUUUAAUUGUGACUUUAAAGUUUAAACUUUUAAAACAUAAAAUUGUCCUGUUCUUGUCCCAGUUUGCAUAAUAAUAGUUUGCAAAAAAUCAGAAUUAUGAAGACGCCAGAUGCAAAAUAAUUACGAAAACAUCAAGGCUCACUAAUUAUCUAAUACCGUAAUCCCUUUCAAAAAUUUGGGCACAGUUUCAAAAAAUACGUGCUAAUUAUUUACAAUCAACACUUUAAUGACAUCAUUUCAACUUUUUGUCAAAAAUUAGUUCACACUGAACUCACUCCUUGCUCCAAAUUUACGAAAAACUAAAUCAGUUCAUCCAUCCAUGUGACGAAUUAACUAACUUCUUUAAUUAAUUUCAUGAAUUAAAUAAAUGAAACCAACAAGAUAAAAAACACAAAGUCGGCACCUGUCAGAUCAGAGAAUUGCCAUACCCUUCGUCUCACUGGUGGUGCUGUUUCCUCUAUUACAUUUUCUCAUUUGCAUACGUGAAAAAGUGUUCCGUGGAAAAAUAAAUAAAAUAAUGCACAUUCAAAUUCACACAUUCUGAAAAAAGGUGAACGUGUAUCCAAUACGUUUCUGAACAAGGGUGUUUAGAAUUUCUAAACAAAUUAACCAUUCGAAAGUUAAACUUGAAAGUUAGAUUUUUACACAAAAAUAAGUCAAUAAAUGGGUGAAAAUCAGCCUAAAAAUUAAAAUUCAUUCAAAUAGUUCACACAAAUAAGUACUUUAAUAAAUGAGUGAAAUUCGUGGCAAAAAUCAACAAAAUUCAUUUGAAAAUUAGCAAAAAUAAGGGUACAAUUUAAUAAAAAUAAGUAAAUAAAUGGGUGAAAUUCGUGGUAAAAAUUAGCCGAAAAAUUAAAAUUAAUUCUAAAAUGGAGGGAGACCGUGAUCUAAAUAACAACCUUUUAUCCUCCCCGUCAUCUUCCCCCCUGAGCAAAAAUAACGACAAAAUCCCCCCUACUUCCCCCACUCUCAAAAUUUCCGGGAAGAUAAAAACCGAGACAAAAACUAAUAAUCCACCCUUAAAAAUCUCAUCCCCACAAAAAGUCAUGUCCCCCAAAAAACUCCCAGUUUCGAUAUCAAUGCCCGUUUUGUGUUCAAUUUUAUGGAUUUUUCUCUGCUUCAUUGGGACAACAAAUGCGGAUCAAAAUCAAAAUCGGGAUCAAUUCGCACCUCAACCAGGACAUUCCUCCUCCCCCUCCAUCUUAUCCCACGCCCCUGGACAAAUCGUCUUCCCCUCCGAUUACGACGACGAGCAGGAAAAUCCCGGUGUCGAACACCUCCAAACCAUCGAGGACGACGGGUCCAUCCUCUUCACCCGCCGAACGGGCCGCGUCCUCACAAAUUCCACCCAAUCAAAAACCAACGCCACCUCAAAAUCCGCUUCCACUUCCUCCGAAGAAAACGGAUCCUCCCGCAAAGCGUCCCCCGACGUGCAAGACAUUAUCGACGGGAUUGUGAAACUUCUCGGGGGCAAGGUGCACAAUGGGACCCCGCCGAAUCAAAAUUCCCCCCCGGGUGGAAGACCCCUCACCUCCCCCAAUCCGUACAACCUCUUCAACCCGACGAAACCCUUCUUCCCGCCAAAGCUCCCGCCACCACAGACCCCGAAACCGACCCGGAUCAACAACCGGGGGCCUGUUUUACCCGGGCAACAGCAACACCAAAACCUUGACCAACAAUCCUCCUCCUUCGAAGCGAUCCCGAUCGAAGCCCUGUCCGAAUUCAAUUUGGAUAACGGAUCCAAUUUCGGUCCGCCAUUUCCCAUCAGUGGAAACGGCGGGGGUGUAAUUCAACCGAAUUACCCGGGUGGUUCUGGCGGCGGUGGGGGGAAUCGUAUCGAACCCCCGUAUAAACAAGGGGUACCUCUACCGGAAAUGGUUGUACCCCAGGGGGGACAAUAUCCCCCAGGGAGUAACAACAAUAAUCAGCAACAACAAUUUUACCAACCACCCCAGCAGAAUUACCCUCCCGGCGGUGGGAACUAUCCUAGCGGGAAUUAUCCGGGUGGGAAUUAUCCCCCCGGGGGGAACUUUCCAAAUCAAAACCAGUACCAAAAACAGCCCCCUACCCGCUACCAAAUCGUGCCCAACACCGGUUUGCCUCCCACUCAACCAUCCUACAAUCCCUUCGGAUUUGAGCAUCCCCACCCCAAUACGACUCCCGCCUCAAAUUCAAAUAACCCGCCACCUUCCACCCAUCUCCUCCCACCCCCCGUGAGUAAACGACCCGUCAUAAAAUUCCCGACGGAUGGCGACAAUUUAGAAGACGAUGAGGCGGAGGAGGCGCGAUUCACGACGCCAAAAGUACCCCCGCAAAGGAUCAGUCCCACCCUAGCGUCGUCCGUGGGGGGCGGCGAGUCCUCCGUGUAUCCAACCCUGCUACUUUCCUCCAACAAGAAUAACGGGCUGGUCGAACUGGUCACGGAAUUUACUGAGUCGACGAGCAGUUCGUCGACGGUGGAGUCGUCGAAAGUGACGACAUUGACGACGACGACCACCACUUCACCCGGGACAAAUAAGCCCAUUUUUUACCCGAAUAAUUCCUACAGAACGACGACGACGACGACAAAUCCUCCUCCAAAGUCGACAAAUAUGUCGCCAACGACGUCGCCCACCUCGUCGACCAGUCCAGACUUGAGUAUUCAUUCACUUCCGACUCCACCCUUGCGACCAGGCAUCGUGAUAAGCGACGUCCCCUCGCCCCCACGAACGCCCGGUGGCGUCGGGAGCGUCGAAGUCGUCACCGCCGACGAAGGUCACUCCCUCCUCGGUUCUGGUAUCGGUCAAAUCGGCGACAUUUUCGACGUCACUGUCACCGCCAAACAAAAUUACGGCGGUGGUGGGGGCAGUACCAUUUCCCCCUUCAGCCCCCCCAUCUCCUCCGAAGACGAGGUCCUCACCGCCCCCAAAGGCACCGAACAAUUCGUCUCCAUCGACGGAAAACGGACCUAUUUCAACCUCCAUCCGAACACGGCAUCAACUGCGCUAAGCCCGACCCGACCGACACAAACCGUCACGGGGACAAGUGCCCCCCCACCACCCCCGCCCCCACAAAUUUCCGGUGGGGGGAACAUCGGCGUCGGCAGUGUCGGCGCGCCGGUCCCGCUGUUACCUCAACCUCCCGGAAAAACCCUGUUCAAUUCGGGCACCCCGAUAAGAUCGACUUCUUUGAGUAUCAGUGGCGGGUCUAGUGGAGGGGCCCUGUCGGAUAAGGGCCUCAUUUCAAAAACCCCGCCGAACAUAAUUCGGCGCCCGUUGACAAGGAGGCCGUCCGUGCCGCCGGUGCGGAUCGACACGUGCAUCGUGGGGGACGAUUCGACCUGUAAUUCCGACGCGGCGGAAGUUUGCCGAACGGAGAAUGGCGUGUCGAGCUGCAUUUGCCGGCCGGGUUUUGCGCGGCGCCGGCAUCGCGAACCGUGCAAGGCGAUUUAUAGUCUUAUCUUGUCGAUUAAGUUGGAUAAGUUGGGGGAUAAGAAGUUAAAUUAUGAUCCGGAUUAUUUCAACCCGAGUUCGGAAACGUAUCAGACGAUUGAGUGGGAAACGAUACAUGCGUUGGAUGCUUCUCUCGCCGAAACGUCGCUGUCCCCAACGUACGUCGGCUCCAAACUGGACGCGAUUGGGUUUGACGGGAAACACGCCGUGGUCAAUGCGACCGUCCUUUUGCAAGAAAAUGGCAAGCUGGCGCCUGCCCAGCUCAAAAAAGAAUUGCAAAAACAAAUGAUCCAAGUCCUCACCAGACAUCGUAACAACUUUGGCAAGUCCCAGCUUUGGGUGGAGGGACCAAUUUCCGCCGUCUCUGCAAUCACUGACGUCAACGAAUGCGACGACGGCGAAUUGAACGACUGUUCCUCCAAGGCUGACUGCAUCAACACGUUUGGUUCCUUCGAGUGUCGCUGUUUUCCAGGAUACGGCGACGCCUGGGAGCACGAUAAGCGACGAGGUGGUCGAAAGUGUGAUAGCUGCUCGGGAAAAAGUUACUGCAACGGAAGGGGAGAAUGUCUCAUCGAUAAUGGACACAAAGUUUGCAAAUGCGCCGGAAAUUACUACGGUUCCCAGUGUGACAUUGACGGAGAAGUUUUGGCCGUCGCGAUUGGCGCGUCCGUCUCCGCUGUGGUCAUUAUCGGCCUCACUUUGGCCUGUUUGUGCAUGUGGAGCCGGAAAUGGAAAAAAGAAGAGCAGAAAGCGGCCCUCAUGUCGCGCACCUUAUUCGGCGGGAUGGCCAACCAAGCCCUGAGUUAUUUGGGGGGCCAGAAAACCAACCCCUACCAGCAACACGUCACGAUGGAUGAGCGCUUGAGAUGGGCGCAGGUUGCGGAAUCAAACAUGACGGGAAAUAUUUAUGUGCAAAAUGAUGGCGGGAUGAGCAUGCCAUGCGGAAUGGGCGGUCAGCAGCUCAUGGACACUCCGCCCAUGAUGGCGCGACGCUCCGCGGACACCGUCGACACCACGGUCGACGAUCUUUUCGACGAACGGGGCGGUGGUCCUAGUACAAAAAGACCGAGGAGCAGGGCAUCACAAUUUCAGGGUGGUUCCAUCUACUACGAUUUGGAGCCGGAUCAGACCGAAAUCUACGCAUCCCGCUCGAUGAUGCACUUCCCUCCCCCGCCGGCACAAUUCUGCGUACCGAUGACCCCCAUGGGUCACUACGCCCAACAAGGUCGCGGCGGCUUCUAUUCUUAGCGGCAGAAAACAAAAAUUCGCUAAAAAAUAAAUUCGCGAAAAGAUGCAAAACAACUACAAAACGUUCAUUUUUUCAUAUUGGAUCAUUAUCAAGAAAUAUUUACAACUACAUAUUUUUAAUGAUACGAUAACCGACUGCAGAUCACGAGAUGCCAUAUUUACACUAUUUUUAAGACAAUUAAACUGCGUAAUUAGUUAAUUAUUUAGUUAAUUGUAUGUACAGUUAAAAAAAUGGUUUUGUUUUUGUUUAUACGAUUUUUUUUUGUUAAAUAUUUAUUCACGUUUUUAAUUAUACAACCAACGAAAUUUAUAGGGGUAAACUUUUUGAGUCUUUUUUAAGGUGUGUUUUUUUAAUAUUUACGACAUAAUUUGCGCCCAUGUAAUAAAUAGUUUAACUAUGGCGCAAAUUGCGAAUUACUUUUCAGUCGAUUAUUUAAAUAAAAAACGGUACGUUCCAAUCCACCGGGUUUAAAAAGGGGAUAAUUUUUGACAAUGCAAUCUUAAAAUGGAUGACAAAUUGUAAUAAAAAAAAUUUUAUUGUAAAAA